GGGACUCUUUUAAAUUAUUUGUCAUUGCCGUUGUUUUUAAAAUAUGAUACAAAUGAAACAACAAUGCCAUUGCAUUGUAGUCUUUUAUAUGAUAAGGGAAAACAGUUGUUGGUGCUCUGAUUCAGGAAACAUUAUGGAGCUAACACAAGCUGAUGGGCAGCAUUUAGGCAACAGCAAACAGGACAGAAGUUCAAUAGGAAACACUGAUGACGGCCUGAAAUAUGAUAGUGGGUGCGUUGCCAAUGACUUCAGCUGCAUCCACAGCAAAGAUCUUCUCCCUGCUGAGGAUGGAGAGGAGGCAACUAAGCAUUUUCUGCAGGAGCUGGUGAACAUCUUGCUGGCCUACAUCAGUAAAUCCCUGAAACGCAGCUCCAAAGUUCUGGACUUUCAUCAUCCUCACCAGUUUAAAGAUGGUCUGGAGGGAUUCAGCCUGGAGCUCCCUGACCAGCCAGAUAAUCUGGAGCAGAUACUGGUGGAUUGCAGAGACACACUCAAAUAUGGAGUUAAAACAGGUCAUCCUAGAUUUUUCAACCAGCUGUCAACUGGACUUGACAUCAUUGGUCUGGCCGGAGAAUGGUUGACGUCCACAGCAAACACAAACAUGUUUACAUAUGAAAUAUCCCCAGCUUUUAUACUUAUGGAGGAGGUAAUUCUGAGAAAAAUGCACACAAUUAUUGGAUGGCCUGAGGAGGAGGGAGACGGCAUAUUUUGUCCUGGAGGUACCAUGUCCAAUCUGUACAGUGUGUUGCUGGCUCGGUUCCAUUUCUUCCCGGCGGUGAAGACCCAUGGGAUGUGCGCCAUACCUCGUCUGGCACUGUUCACCUCCGCGCAUAGUCAUUAUUCAAUCAAGAAGUCUGCAGCAGUCCUCGGAAUUGGCUCUGAAAAUGUAAUUGUCAUCAAAUGUGAUGAAAGGGGGAAGAUGAUCUCAUCAGAACUGAACUCCAGCAUUGAUGUGGCAAAGUCUAAGGGUCUGGUCCCAUUCUAUGUCAGUGCAACUGCUGGAACAACAGUCUAUGGAGCCUUUGACCCUCUAAAUGAAAUAGCAGACAUAUGUGAACGCCAUGGCCUAUGGAUGCAUGUGGAUGCUGCUUGGGGUGGUGGUUUGCUCAUGUCCAACAAGCACCGUGGGAAACUGCAAGGAAUUGAAAGGGCUGAUUCGGUCACCUGGAACCCCCACAAAAUGAUGGGUGUUCCAUUGCAGUGCUCAGCCAUUCUAGUGAAGUGGAAGGGCCUCCUACUGGAGUGCAAUCGGUUGUGUGCAGAGUAUCUCUUCCAACCUGACAAGCAGUAUGAUGUGUCCUACGACACUGGGGACAAAAGCAUUCAGUGUGGAAGGCAUGUGGACGUUUUCAAACUGUGGCUCAUGUGGAAGGCAAAGGGCUCAGAGGGUUUUGAAGCACAGGUCAACCACUGCCUUGAAAACGCAGAGUAUCUUUACUACAAGCUGAAGAGGAGAACAGAUUUUCAACUUGUCUUCAAAGCAAAACCCGAACACAGCAAUGUCUGCUUUUGGUAUCUCCCAAAACGAGUGCAAAACAUUCCCCCUGGCCCAGAGCGAGACAGAGAACUUCAUAUGGUGGCUCCAAAAAUCAAGGCAAAGAUGAUGGAGGAUGGAUUUACAAUGAUCGGCUAUCAACCUCUCGAAGAUAAAGUUAAUUUCUUCCGUUGCGUUUUCUCCAACCCAGCUACCCAGAGGGACGACGUAGACUUCCUAUUAGAUGAAAUUGCUCGUCUGGGCUGUGAAGUCUAAGUCUGUCAGAGAGUCAUUUAUUUUACAGUCAUUCCUGUGUGGGGAAAGUAUGCAGGAUCUUCUUUCUUUGUGCCCCUAAUGGCUGUUUUCAUUAUAUGUUCUGUGAGAAGAAGAAUUCAUAGAUUUUGUUUUCUAUUACGUAUCUGAACAAUUAUACUAAGAAGGAAUUAUUGAUCAUUUAUUAUUAGCAGUGGUAAGCCACUGAUCUUGUAGCUCAUGACAGAUGUAUAUAUACAGUAUAUUUUAUUUGCACCUGCUCUUCAGUCGACAUGUACUGUACAAAUGCAGUGUAUUCUUACAGUGGAAGCUUGAAUCACUAAGGACUUAAUUGGUGUGAGAUAGCUCUGUAGUUUGGCAAUCUACUAGUGCCUUCUGCUGGUGAGUUCUUCUAAUGGCUGGGGCUACUACAUUGUUCAAGUUUCAAAGUAUUUUUUUCCCUCAGUUAUGAGACUGUACAAAAACACUAUAGAAGAGUCGCAUAUUUAAGAAUAAGAACAGUAUAUUCUUAUAGAAUAAAAGCAAUAAAUAUUCAUUCAAA